UAAAAUUAUUUUCUGAUAAAUGGUGAGUUUGUGCAAUGGAAAAUUCAAAUUCGAUUGUCAAAUGAUUACGAUAAAAAUGGCAAAAUGAAGCAAUGUGUCGUAUGUGUGUGCAAAAAUCGACGAAAAUAAAAACUUGAAGCGAAAAAAAAAAAUUGUUGUGAAAUCUGUGUGCGAUCGAAAUGAAUGGUGAUCAUAAUAAUUCGAAUUGCCUUGGAUGUUUAGUGUGUUUAUAUAUUGUGAAGAAUGGUACAAGCAUAUAUCUUCGAUCGCAGAGAGACGAAAAGAAUGAUCAAUUUUUAUUUUUCUCUCCCAUCUAAAUGACUUUGGAUUCGAACUGCAGCUAAACAAAUGUUCUCCCUGUUCUGUGUGUCCAUUAUAUUUAUAAAUAAUAUCAUAAAUUGAAUCGAAUUCGAUUGCAUAUAUACAUAUAGAUUAUAUAUCUGUCGAUCUAUCGAAUAAUAGUCAUAUCCAUCGCAAUUGAAAUGCAAACAUUUGAACAUUUUCGGGCAGCCCAAAAACACUGCGCUCUCUCGCUGAUAGAUUUGUCGAAAUUCUUCGAACCGAAGAAAGAGGGAAAUUUUUAGUGAAGAAUUUAUAAUCAACCAUUCGAGCGCACAGCUAUUCGGAUCGAAAGAAGAAAAAAAAAAUUUCUGUUCACAUAUACAAUCGCUCGGAAUUGUUCGCAUAUGUAUAUACAUUGCAUACACACGCUACAAAAUCACAACCACAUCGAUGCGCUAGUGAUGCACGUAUACACAAUACAUUGACCAUUGAAUUUAUGCAUUGGAAUGUUGAAUCGGUUCUUGAUUUUCAUGAACGGAUCGAAUCAAUGGCAGCAGCAACAGCAACACCAACAGUGUGAAAUAUAUGUAGAAAGACGGAGAGAAGAGAAGCGACAGAGAAAAAAAAACACACAACAACAACAACAAAAACAACAUUAGUAGUAGCAACAAAGGAGAUAUUAUAUUCUACUAGUGCUAGUAUAUUGACAAUAUGAAUAUAGAGAGAGAGAGAGAGAGAAAAAUCAACAUAUGUACACUCACAUACAUCUGCUCGCGUUUCGACGAUGAAUAUUAUUUAAAACGAAAACCUAAGAGUGAGAGAGAAACACACAAAUAUAAACAACGAAGAAAAAAAAUAUUUUCAAUUGAUGAAUGUGUUCAGGAAUUGAGAGAAAAUUACGUGCACAUCGCAUAAUUUUUUUUUCUCCUGCAUUCACCUGAUCUAUGAGAGAAAUAACAAAUUGAUCGAUGCAAAAAAUGGACAACUAACAAUGAAAACAUCCUUAGUUUCCAUUUGAAUAUCGGAAAUAUGCCGAAAACAAAACUUCAGAACAGAAGAAGAGUUAAAAUAAUUGGAUGAGCUUUAAAAACUGAGCCGAAAAGUAGUGAAAAUAAUCCAAAAAAAAUUUGCAAUUUUAGACAAAGAAGGACAGAUGAAUGAUUUUCCGUUUCUCAUUUUUUUUCACUCGUUCGUUCUCCUUCUGUUAUUUUUAUAAAUGUAAAUUGCAUCGAAUGCAAAGGCAAUUCUUUUUUUCUCCUUCGUUUGGAUAAUAUCAUCGAACGGGUGAAACAUAGGCAGCAGCAACACACUCAGUUUAUGAGUGUACAUUUUUUUUUCUUCGCCUCUCGUUCAGUUUGGUGCGUGUAUGUAUUCUAUACGGUUGCGACAUACAAAGAGCUGAGAAGCCGAGCUAUAAGACGAAAGAAAGAGACAGAGAAAAAAAAAUUACAUAUCUACUAAUAUAUACGUCAAAUCACCAAACAGUACCGCUCAACAUACGACACCAAAGUAAAUGAAAACGAAGGAACAAAAACGAAACGAUUGAGAAAAUUCAUCGCAGAGGUGUAAUCGAAAUGGGAAUACUAUGAUUUGGAUUAAUUCCGAAUAGACAACAAAUCGUUUUAAUCGAUGCAAAAUGAAAAUAACCCAUCUUAAUUGUGAUCCCCUUUGUGCAUGUGUAUGUUGCAGUAAUCGUUUAGUAAUUUAAUGUGCAAAUAGAGUGAGAAAUACAGAGGGAGAGAGAGAGAGAGAGAGAGAAAACGAAAACGAACGUGAACUAUUCAAUGUAUUCCAUAAUUCCUUCGAAUUGGCAUGCGAGACGAUCGACGUCACAUUGUUUCCAUUAGAUAAAAAGUGACAGACAUUUUUACGAUCGGUCGAUCGAUCAAUGCAAUUCUCAUUAGGAAUAAAUUAGAUUUGCAGUCGUAGUGUGCAAAAAAAUAGCAACAAAAAUUAUAGCAAAAACAAAAUGAUGACAACAAAUUUAGUGCCUUAAAGAAUUGUGCCUUCAAAAAUGACAUUCUGAAUAAAUUGAAGUGAGAAAGAGAGAGAGAGAUAAAAAGUCGACAACACCGAAAAGUGCCUUGCCUCUCUUUUGAUAACAACCGUCAAGUUUCUUGUCGAAUUUGUUGUUUUUUCUUCGGAUUUCGUAUGCAUUGUGAGCUUAUAUGCCGCUAAAAGUGUUCAAUAUUGCGAUAAUUAUUUACAAAGGCUCGAAGUCAAAUGUAAUAAAUGUGUUUACUCAUUCGACCGAAUGCAUCAAUUGUUUGCCGUUUGGAAUGUGUUCAAUGUGGAAGAAAUAGUGGAACGGCAAAAAUUGGCGCUAACAAUAUACAGCAACAACGACAGACAGAGAGCAAAGCAAUCGAAUAAACAGGAAAAAGAGAACAAAACAUAGAAGACGGAAGGUGCUCCUCCAGCGUUCACCCCGCCCAUCUUGUAUCGAAACAACGGAAUCAAUCCACAACUUUUCGCCACUUUCGUCGAUUGGGCAUAUUUCGAAUGCAUGUAGCAUUUUUAGCAUCGGCGAAUCUAAAUUCGAGAUAUCGCGUUUGUGAUAUGACAAACCGAAACACUAACAAUGAAUCAAACAGGCGGAAAAACGCCGUCUACACCAAGGCUCUCGGAAUAUGCGACAAAUGCCUUGGAAACCAUACGCAAGGAAUUACGCAUGUUUUCUAUCAGCGAUGUGCAAAAUGCAUCAAAUGCUACAAACGGCCAACAAAUCCCAUCGCUUCCCAAAGUCGAAUGCGACCUAAACCUCUUACUAGCACAAUUAAUGAGCUCCGGCUUUACGGAAGAACAAGCAAUCACUUUGAUUAAAAAUGGUCGCAGUGAUGUUUUAGAAAAUAAUAAACAAGUGCAACUACAGCAAUGCCAGCAACGAUUACCAGUUUCAGCUCCAGCUCAACCACCAAAAUUGUUUCGAAAGCCGAGCAUCGAACGUGAAAUACCGCAAUUUCCACGCGGUAGUCCAGCGCUUGAUUCUGGAGCCGGUAGUUCACGAUCAAAUUCAACAACUGAUUCAGCAACAAUUUACGACGCCAAACCCAUUGAAUACUGCAAGCAAAUCGAAUACUGCAAACCAAUAGAAUUUUGUAAACCAAUCGAAUUUGGUAAACAUGUGCCACUACAGCAGUGCAGCAAUCAGCGAUUACCAGUAAUUCCAGCCCGUGGUACAUCGCCAGUCGUGCCGCAAAAUGGAACUGACAAAUGUCAUAUGAUGAAGAUGCCCCGUAAACCUCACAGUUCGGUCGAUAAUCCGCUGUCGUGGCGCUUUUCACCCGCAUCCGAUCAACAGGAUCAAAAUAGCAAUGAACCGCCGCCACCGUAUCCAAUCAUAGCAACAGGUGUCACAAACUAUUCACCCUCGAUUCAAAAUCGACAAAGUCCAACUAGUACAACAGAUGAUUAUCGCAAGUCACCGUCAUCGGGAAUCUAUUCAGCAACGUCAGCUGGAUCGCCAAGUCCAGUGCCGCCAUCAAAUUCAAUGUCGCCUCAUCCGAUAUCUAGAUCAACGAAUGUGUGCCAAAUCGGUUCAUGGCAACGCAAAACACAUUCACCAAUCAUCAUGCAGUCCGUUAAAUCGACACAAGUGCAAAAACCAAUCCUUCAAACAGCCAUUGCACCUCAAGUCCCAACUACACUCACACCAUCGACGACGACCGCAUUGCCAUCGUACGCAUCGUCCAUUCAACCUCAUAUAACAAAUAGCGUGACAACGAACUCGAAACUUCAAAAUAAUACACCGCCAACAACGCCGCCAGUAUUGAAUUCCAUACCGCCAGACAUAGCACCGAAAAUCAAUCAGAAAACGCCAUCGAUAAAUGCAGUGCAUCAAACGUCACCAGCAAAUAAUAUUGUGCCUGUUAGCGAACCGCCAUCGUAUGCGAGCACAAUGGCAUACAAAGCUGCCAAAAAUCACAUGGCGUUACUCCCACCGCCGCCAUAUAGCAACAAUAAUCGUGAUAUGUCAAGUUCGCCGGAAAUAAUAAACAAUAACAAUUUAUCAAUAACCCCGCCAUUGCCGCCCACAUCGUCGUCGUCCGUAAAAAGUAAUAAAAACAACAAUACGAAAACGACCAUGGCGAAUAGUGCGAUGUCAACGACAACCGCCAAGAAAUUGAAUAAACAACCGGCAGCUCCACCGCCAUCAUCCACAUCAGUCGCCGCCAAAAAUAGUAAAAACUCAUCUACGGAAGGAUGUGAAAAGAUUAAGCAUGAAUCGCCAAUUCCCGAACGAAAACUAGUCUCAAAAGAUCAAGAAGAAGUGAAGGAAGGCCGAAUCAAGCACUAUUCACCGCAAGCCUUUAAAUUCUUUAUGGAGCAACACGUUGAAAAUGUGCUCAAGUCAUGCAAGCAACGAAUGUUCCGAAAGAAUCAGCUGGAAAAAGAGAUGGGCCGUAUCAAUUUGUCGGAAGAGGCACAAAUUCAAAUGCGCCGAAUGCUAAAUCAAAAGGAAUCGAAUUACAUACGAUUGAAGCGGGCGAAAAUGGAAAAGUCCAUGUUCACCAAGAUCAAAACGAUCGGUGUGGGUGCAUUCGGUGAGGUGGCACUGGUGCAGAAAAUUGAUACGCCAAAUUUGUAUUAUGCCAUGAAAACGCUGAAAAAGGCCGAUGUGCUGAAGCGCAACCAAGUGGCGCAUGUGAAAGCCGAACGCGAUAUUUUGGCCGAAGCCGAUAAUGAAUGGGUCGUCAAAUUGUAUUAUAGUUUUCAAGAUCGUGACAAUUUGUAUUUCGUGAUGGAUUAUAUCCCUGGCGGUGAUCUGAUGUCGCUGCUCAUUAAAUUCGGCAUAUUCAAUGAACCGCUGGCCAAGUUUUAUAUCGCCGAAUUGACGGUGGCCGUGGAAAGUGUUCAUAAAAUGGGCUUCAUCCAUCGCGACAUCAAACCGGACAAUAUUCUAAUCGAUCGAGAUGGUCACAUCAAGCUCACCGAUUUCGGGUUGUGUACGGGUUUCCGUUGGACACACGAUUCAAAAUAUUAUCAAAAAGCUGGCGAACACGCGCGACAAGAUUCAAUGGAACCAUGGGAUGAUGCAAAUGAUGGCAUAAAACCGGCCGUUUUGGAGCGACGCCGUCAACGCGAACAUCAACGAUGCCUGGCGCAUUCACUCGUUGGCACACCAAAUUACAUUGCGCCCGAGGUAUUGGCACGCAGUGGCUAUACACAGCUGUGCGAUUGGUGGAGUGUCGGUGUGAUUCUGUAUGAAAUGCUGGUUGGUCAACCGCCGUUCCUAGCCAAUACAGCGGUCGAAACUCAACAAAAGGUCAUUAAUUGGGAGCAAUCACUGCACAUACCACCCGAGUCCAAACUAUCGCCCGAAGCUUCUGAUUUGAUUUUACGUUUAUGCUCUUCGUCCGAUCGUCGUCUGGGCAAAAAUGCCGAUGAAGUGAAAGCGCAUGGAUUCUUCCGUGGCAUAAAUUUUGGCACCGAUCUGCGUCAACAGAAAGCACCAUACAUACCGAAAAUCGAGCAUCCAACCGAUACAUCAAACUUUGACGAAGUCGAUCCGGAACGCAUUCAAAACUCCGAUCAAUUCGAUGCAUUCAGCAAUAAUACGGCGAUUUCAUUUCAUGGUUUCUAUGGUUUUACAUAUCGUCGCUUUUUCACCGAUGAUAAAAGCAACCAAGAAUGCACCGAUCAAGAUGGUCCCGUGUAUGUUUGAUUGGUUUUUUUUUGUUCCAUCAAAAACGAUGGAAAUUCAAAUCAAAUUAACGAAUGAAACGAAAACAAAACACACAAACAAAUGCGAUAAAUCGUUGAACUGUUUGAACAAAGCAAUACGUUGAGAACUUUCAAAAAGACAAAUACUCAAAAUUGAAACAAGAAACGGACAGUUUUUGCGCCAAUAAACCUCUCCUCAACCUCUGAAAAUUGAACGGAAAAAAAUGUCGGUGCUUAACAUUAAAACUGAAGAAAAGAAUGAUGAGCGAGAAUUCGUUCUCGCGAACAGAGAAAAUGAAAACAAUUUUUUUAGAAUAACAAAAGAAAAUCCAAGCCACACAUGAAAUGUUAACUCUCGAUGAAACGUGUUUCUCUCGUUUCACCUUCAAUUUUAUAUAUGUAUCAUGUAACACGUGGAAAUGUGUCGAAUUUCUUGGCACCGUGAAUUAUUUGAUGCAACGUACGUACGAACGAACAGAUUCAUUUGAAAUGCUUGCGGCCAAUUGUUCAGUGCGCCAAAAUAUUCAGAAAUAUAAACAAACAUAAAAAAAACGAAAUUCACAUAUGGUCGAACUGUAUUGAAUAAACUUUGCAUAUAUACGAGACAAA